AAAAAUAUAUAUGUAUAUAUAAAUCAAAUAUUGUAAUAUUUUUUUUCUUUAAAUUUAAUUACAAGAACGGACAGAAAAAAGGCAAUCAGUUCAGUUCAAUUUCAGUUUAGUUGAGUUGAGUUAAGUUGAGCGCUUGUAGCCGAGUGUUACUGUGUGUGAAAUUGUUGUAAUUGUCGAUAAUAGGCAACAAAGAGACAAAAAUCUUAUAUUACAAAAGUACAAUAAAAAACAUUUAACGACGCAACGAGAGCCAAAGUGUAUAAAAGAAAAAUGUGCUUUCAGCCAAAAGUUGUUUAAUAAAAGGCAUAACAGCAAAAAAACGAGAAAAAGAAUAAAAAAAGCAAAAAAAAAAAACAAAAAAGCAAAAAAAAAAAACAAAAAAUAACGAGAAAAGAAUCAACACAAAAGCAAUAUUGUAUGUAUGACUGAUGGAUUUUGUACUGAAACGUUUAAUUCUUCAUCGAAUAAUUUCACUUCUAUGCCAUUAUCGUCUUCAAUAGCAGCCACUCAUACCAAUAAUAUAAUGAGAGCUUCUUUGACAGGAACGGCUGGUACUGAACUUUUACAACAGCAUUCAAUUAAUUCCAUAAUUGAACAGCGUCAAGAUUUCUUGAAUAGACAUGCUGCUAGUGCUGGUAUUAGCGGUGGUGGUGGUGGUGGUGGUAACAGUGGCUGUAACGCCGCCGACAUUAUCAACAAAAUUAACACAAAUGCAAUUGUUUCGGAUACGGUUACCUCAGCAUUGAACGAUUCCUUAGCAAUGACGGUUGAUUUUCUUGGCCUGAACACCGGCCCCAACAACAACAGCGGCAACAACAGUCAAACUCAUACCAAUGGCUGUAAUAGUGCCCACAGCGGCCUUAGCUUAAGUAACAAUAUAUUGGCGAUAGGUGGCGGCGGAAUCAACGCUAAUGGUGGCAAUGGCAACAACAGUAGCUGUAAUGCCAGCUUGUCUGCCACUGCAACAAUGGCUGCCGAUUCGUUGGCCCACAACGCCAACACAAUGACUACCAGUGCCGCUAUAGCAGCAGCAGCAGCUGCUGCAGCAACCGCCUACAUGCCACUAACACCCAGCUCAACACAAUCUUCCAUAUCGCCAGGCACAUCAACAGCUAAUUCUUAUGACAUGUUUCCGUUUGAUAAUAUUGCACCUUCACUACCACCACCAUCACAACAACAACAACAACAAAAUACACCACUUAAGGUAUUUCCAAGAAACAUCAGCUUCGAUUGUUCUGCACCUUUAUCGCCAAGUACGCCCACAUCUCUUUAUAAUAACUCUUUUCAAAGUUCACCAUUAGUCAGCGAUAGCAGUAACUCAUCAUCAGGUAAUGGUCUACCAUUAGAGUCAAUAUCGUUAGCCUUACAAAAUGGUUACAAUAACGGUAUUAAUUCAACCCGGUCAACAUCACCGGAAAGCCAGAAUAGCAAUCAAUCAAAUGAACAUAGUCUCCUUGACAUGAUGAAAUUCUUAAAUAUUGGCUGCAGUCAACAACAACAACAGCAGCAGCAGCAGCAGCAGCAGCAGCAGCAGCAGCAGCAUCAACAAAAGCAGCAACAAUUUCCGCCGAUUCCAGCAAAAGUCAAUACUACCCAGCAAUAUCAGUUGCAGCAAUAUUCACAGAAACAACAGCAAUUAUCCCAACAGCAACAACAAAAGUUACAACGCGAACCAUCGUAUUUAUUAGAUACCGCCGAUUUCGGGACAUCCAUGAAUAUAGGCACAAGUUCGCCGCGUUUGAAUUUAUUCGAUGAUCAUAAUUUGGAGAACUUAGAGCCUUUAACGGCUUUUGACAUGGAACUGACAAAAUUGCAAACUUUAAACGCUGUAACGCUGUUACAAGCUCAACCUCAACAAGUACCCCUACUGCAUAAUUUACUACAAACGUACAAUACUAUCAAUCAGCUACAAAAUUGGCAACAGCAACAACAGCAGCAGCAACAACAACAACAACAGCAACAGCUCCAGCAGCAGCAACAACAACAACAUCAAAGUCAUCCCUUAACUAGUAAUAACACUAACAGUAAUAAUCAAUUGAGUUCUAAUUUAAGUAGUCCGGGUAACAGCAACAAUUUAUCGGACGCGUAUUUAGAUCGUGUUGCAAAAUUUUAUCGCGGUUCGGCUGCAUUCUGCGAGCCAACUUGCACUUGGAGUGGCCAAUUACCGCCUCGUUCACAUCGUCUAUAUCAAUUCUCACCUAAACUUUUUCUAGGUGGCAUCCCUUGGGAUAUAAGUGAACAAUCGUUAAUACAGAUCUUUAAACCUUUCGGACAAAUUAAAGUUGAAUGGCCAGGAAAAGAGCAACAGGCCGCUCAACCUAAGGGCUACGUUUACAUAAUAUUCGAAUCUGAUAAACAAGUGAAGGCUUUACUAUCCGCUUGUGCUGUCCAAGUUGAUGACCAACAAAAUGGUGGAAUUUUCUAUUUUAAAAUUUCCUCACGACGUAUUAAAGCUAAAGAUGUUGAAGUAAUUCCAUGGCUUAUUGGCGAUUCCAAUUAUGUCAAGUCUACUUCUCAGAAAUUGGAUCCAACAAAAACAGUUUUUGUGGGUGCUUUACAUGGCAAAUUAACUGCCGAGGGUUUAGCCAAAAUUAUGGACGAUUUAUUUGAUGGCGUAGUAUACGCAGGAAUCGAUACUGAUAAAUACAAAUAUCCAAUUGGUUCAGGACGUGUUACUUUUAAUAAUAAUCGCUCUUAUAUGAAGGCAGUGUCGGCUGCUUUCAUUGAAAUACGUACAGCGAAAUUUACGAAAAAAGUGCAAAUUGAUCCAUAUCUGGAAGAUUCGUUAUGUUCUAUAUGUGGUGUACAACACGGACCAUAUUAUUGUCGAGAAUUAUCAUGUUUCCGAUAUUUCUGUCGCACUUGUUGGCAAUGGCAACAUUCAACGGAUGCUGUCAAAUAUCAUAAGCCAUUGACACGUAAUUCAAAAUCUCAGUCAUUAGUAGGCUUAGGGCCUGCUUCAUCAUCAACCACCUCUUUAUCAUCAUUAACUUCACCGAAUAUAGUUAAUUAUGGUAAUUUGCAGCAUCAACAACAGCAACAACAACAACAACAACAACACCAACAAGCGCAACAACAAUCAUCACAAUUAGUUAUGCCGCAAGUGCAAGAUACACCGGCUGGUAAUAUAUCACAAAUACAAAUACAACAACAACAACAACAACAACAGCAGCAGCAACAGCAAAAAACUCAAAUACAAAUACCGUCAACCCUUUCAUCGGCAGCAUUAACAGCAGCCGCCCAGCAGUUGCAACACUUACAAAACUCAUUCCAUUUGUAAGCAAAGCAAUCGCUUCUUAAGGGUGUAAUUUUAAAUGUAAUUCGCGCGUGUACGCACUUAAAGUAUGUAAAGUACGAUAACAAUAUAAAGAACAACAACAAACUGCUAUAUAUAUAUAUACUAACUAUGAUAUAACAGAAUUAUAAAAA